AUGCUUAGGUCGCUCAGAAAUGCAGGAUCCGUAGCUCGGUUCGCGUCUGCGGGUCAGAGGCGCUACCUAUCCAUCCAUGAGUACCAGUCGGUGAAGUUGUUGAAUUCUUACGGCGUCCCGACACCAAAAAGCAUACCUGCCCACUCGGCCGAUGAGGCAUUCGAGGCUGCCAAGCGAUUCGGAAAGACCGGCUGUGUGAUCAAGGCUCAAGUGCUGGCUGGCGGAAGAGGCAAAGGCAAGUUUGACAAUGGCUUCCAAGGUGGAGUGCAUGUGGUGGAGAGUCCUGAACAGGCGAAGGAGUUUGCUGGCAAGAUGCUUGGCGCGAAGCUUAUAACCAAGCAGACUGGUGCUGCAGGCCGCAUCUGCAAUGCGGUGAUGCUGGCUGAGCGUCGAGAUGCUGCACAUGAGUAUUACGUCGCGGUUCUCAAUGAUCGUGUUACAGAAGGUCCCGUAUUAGUUGUGUCAUCCCAGGGAGGCAUGAACAUCGAGGAAGUCGCCGCGAAGGACCCAAGUGCUAUCAUCACCACUCCGAUCCACUUCUCGAGGGGUCUCAGCAAAGCCGAGGCUUUGGGAGUAGCCAAGAAGCUGGGAUUCAAGACUGAGGCUGCUGAGGAUGAAGCUGCCGAGAUCUUCAUAAACCUGUAUAAGGUAUUCAAGGACAAAGAUGCGACGCAGAUUGAGAUCAACCCGCUGGGUGAAACGGCGGAUGGUCAUGUUCUCUGCAUGGAUGCCAAGCUCGGUUUUGAUGACAACGCUGAGUUCCGUCAGAAGGAUAUUUUCGCGCUCCGUGAUAUCACUCAGGAAGAGCCCUCGGAGGUUGAGGCCCAAAAGGCUAACCUUAACUUCAUCAAGCUCGAUGGCAACAUUGGCUGCCUGGUGAACGGCGCUGGAUUGGCUAUGGCCACUAUGGAUGUCCUAGCACUGCAUGGAGGCAAUCCUGCUAACUUCCUUGAUGUGGGCGGGGGUGCUACGCCGGAGACUGUGAAGAAAGCAUUCGAGAUCCUUUUCGCUGACGCCGCGGUCAAGAGCAUUUUCAUCAACAUCUUCGGCGGCAUCAUGCGUUGUGAUUACAUCGCUGAGGGCGUCAUUCAAGCAGCCAAAGAGCUUGGCCUGCACAUACCCUUGGUCGUCCGUUUGAAGGGGACGAAGGAGACAGAGGCGAAACAGAUGAUCCGUGACUCGGGCCUGAAGAUCAUACCAUUUGAUGAACUAGACGAAGCAGCGGAGAACGCUGUUCGAUUGGCUCAUGCUUAA